AUGGGCUUUGUCUUGUCUUCCUCCCCUGCAGCGGCUCCUACACUGGGUGCCAAUGACACGGGUGACGAUGGUGACCUGGAUCUCGGUGAUGCUCUUGGCCCUGAUCCGGACAUCCCAGACGCACCAAAGGACGGGGAUAAAGAAAUACCUGACUUGGGUUUGGAUUUCGAUGAACCAAAGCCAACUCCGCCUCGCGUUGGCAACAAGCCGAAGGGAUCGGAUGAUGGUUUUAAUUUAGAGGACGCCCUUUUCGGAGACGAUAAACUCACCCCGACAAAGAAACCCAGAGUUCCUGCUCGCGGAGGAGGAAAUCAAGACACUGAUCUUAAGGACUCGGAUUUGAUGAAUGGUGACUACAAACCUGACCAGACCAAUUCCAAGGGUCGCAAGGCAAGCGGAGGCUCAGCCGACACCAACGGAAACAGUGGAGGCGGAGGAGGAGGAGGUCAGAGCGCAGGGUCGACGGCUGGAAUUGUUGGUGGCAUUGCCAUGGCUCUGGUCGGUGCUGCCGGGGGCUAUUUCACUUACCAGAAGAAGAAGCUGUGCUUUAAGAUACAAGGAAACACGGCUGAGCAGGGCACCAAGCAGGAGAAUGUGCAGAACCAGAAAGAGGAUCCUCAGUCUUACAGCACUCUACUGCAGUCACAAUCCGCUGGAGGCAACUAGUAAGGAACAGAGACGCUGAGAGAAGUCUGACGACACCACGAUUCUCCUGACUGCUGUGUCUCUCUUUCUCGUGAACACACUCCUUUUUUUUUUCUAGUUUAAUUUUUUCCAAUGGGUUAAAAAUCGCCAUCGAUUCAUUUUUGUGUUUUUUGUUGUUGUUGUUGUCGUCGUCAUCAUCGUUGUUUGAAACUACACAGAAUCUGCCGACCAGGGUGUGUUUUUUUAAUAUAUGCAGUAAAACAUGGAUGGGGGGGGGGGG